ACCUACACAGUAUUAGUACCAUAUGAUCCGUAAACAAUUACUGUACAUGGUAUAUAAUACUGAUACUAUACACUUUAGCGCCUGAAGUACCUAGGUCUGUACCAUGAGCUCAUCCUGAUGAGUGGUAGGUAUCUGCAUGAUGAUAACUUAUUGCCCUCACCCCUCUCUUUUCUCUAGUUUCCCUCUCCUCCAGCCUCCCUUCCCUCUCCUGUAACCAUCUAGUACCUGUUCUGCUAACUGGUGUAUGCUGUCCGUCCAGCUUUUCCUAUUCUUAUUCCGAGCAGUCGGUGACUGUGAGAAUACAGCAAUUGCUCCAUCAAAACGAUCUCCUCCAUCUGCAAGCUGCCCCUCGUCCGAUUCAUCGUGAUCCUGGGUUUCGCCGCUCUCUUCCAGCGACUGGUACGCGGGGGUUCGCGUUCUUUCACCAACAUGGCGUGGCGCUCGACAGGAGGCUCCAAUUCCGAGCUCAUCAAUAACCUGUACCAGAAUGGAAUGAUUGACUCGGCGAAGGUAAAGGAUGCAAUGCUAGGGGUCGACCGCGCCCAUUAUGCUCCGCAGACGCCUUAUGUGGACUCUCCGCAACCGAUCGGCCAUUCGGCAACCAUUUCCGCGCCGCACAUGCAUGCCUCCGCAGCCACGUCCCUGCUCAAUCACCUCAAGCCCGGUUCCCACGUCUUGGAUAUCGGCUCAGGCUCGGGAUACCUUACCCAUGUCCUGGCGGAGAUUGUCAAGCCAAACGGACAAGUCGUGGGGGUUGAGCACAUCCAGCCGCUCGUCGACCUAGGCAGGGAGAACAUGCAGAAAAGCGCUGAAGGGCGGGAACUGCUCGCGAAUGGGACGGUGAAAUUCGUGAAGGCGGACGGUCGGCUGGGAUAUAAGGAACUUGCCCCUUACGACGCGAUCCAUGUUGGCGCCGCAGCGAAGGAGCUACACCCUAAGUUGAUCGAGCAACUUAAGGCCCCGGGCAGGAUGUUUAUUCCAGUGGAGGAAGGAUUCCUCCAGCAUAUCUAUGUCAUUGACAAAGCGGAGGAUGGGACAGUGGAGAAGAAACGACAAUAUAGUGUGCAAUACGUGCCGCUGACCGACCCACCAAAGCACGGACAGGAGGACUAAAACCCUUCUGAGGAGAGAUCAAUGCUUAUGCUCGCCGCAGAUCUGCUGCGAUUCAGAGCGGUCGGGGUCGAGGUUCAGUAGAUCAUAAGCGCCAGCUGGAAUUCUGUAUGAUAAUAACCGGGACACAGAAAGCGUCUGGAAGGGUCCACCUCCACAGAAAACCUAGUCGCGAAAACCUGCAUAUAUUUGGUUUCGAUGUCAACUGUCCCAUACUCCCGCCCAACGCCGUUGAUGGAGAGAAAACUAUCCGGAACUGGCUCGGAAGACGUGGAAUCCUUGGUCGUCCCUCAUACCAGAAUGAGCGCCUUGAAACCAUGAUUCAUCACGAUCGUGCAACAAUAUAAUCCUUAUUCUCCACCGUCACGCUCUUCGU